AUACCACAUAAGAACAUAACCCCUCAGGCACAUUUUAGCUAAUCUAAGCUAGCUAUGGACUGGUUCUCAUGGCUGUCAAAAACCGGCCUUGAACCCUCCCUCAUCUACGAAUACGGCCUCGACUUUUCGCACAACCAGCUGCAGCUCGACGACGUGAGAUACUUAGACCACGAGUUUCUUCAGAGCAUGGGAAUAUCUGUGGCCAAGCACAGGCUAGAAAUACUCAAGCUUGCCAAGAAAGAAACCGGAUUUGGACACCCGAAAUCGCUUUCUCGGCUUAGUUGGGCGCUCAUUCGGACCAAGAAGUGCUUCUCCAAGUACUUUAACAAGUUCGUUUUUCAUGAGGACGGCAAGGGUGCAACUCAGACCGAGCCAACUCGGUAUCAAGAGCAUUGGAGAGGAGCUUUGUUGAGGAAGCACAAGAGUUAUUCUGAGGAGGUCAAGGAUGAGAACCCUAUGUUGGUCAAAACUAGGAGCAUUGCGCUUUCUGGACCGUUGGAUGGGAGGGUCCAGGAGAGAUUGAUGGCUCAUAAUAAUCGGAGCUUGAAGCUAUCGGGACCGUUGGAUAGGAAGGUUCAUGAGACGUUGAUGUACACAAAUAGGAGCCCAAGGCUGACCAGUUCUUUGGUUGCAAGUCCGAGUCCCAAGUUAUCUGGACCGUUGGAUGGAAGAACGUACGAGAUGAUCAUGGCUACAAAUAAAAGUCCAAGACUUUCUGGGCCGUUGGAUGGGAGAGUUGUGAGCCCAAAGUUUUGCUUUCCUUACAAGAAGGAAAGGGAGGAUGUUGAUUAUGAUGAUCAUUCACUUCGGACUGCACUGUUUCAGGAUCUGAAGCCAACUUGAAGUUUGUGGUUUGGUUUGGUUGGUUUGUCCUAACAGGAGAGUAUAUGCCUUAGAACGGAAGAUAUAUCUAUUUGCUUCGAUUACAUUAUGAGUAUUUUAGACAUUAACAGAUGUGCCUCAAUGACACGAAAAGAUAAAUAAGUUCAUGUUUGUGGUGUGUUCUUACAAGUUCGAUGGUUUUUCUCAAUGUUUUACUUCCUUAUACAUCCUCUUGUGCUUUUAGAUGGGAAUAUAUGGAAAUCCCUAAAUACAUUUACUGGUUGAUUGGAUUUGCCCA